AUGAUUGGAACUCGUCGCCCCUUGGUUUCCGUAUAUCCCCAAGGUGGGACAUUGGACGUCAAGAGCCAUCAUGCUGGGCCUUUCGAUCUGCGAGAUCACACCAUCGUCGCCUCCAAACUUCCCAGCGAUGCCGCGAGCCGAAUUACGGAUCUACUGACGUUCACCACACCUGCGGCGGCUCUCAGCCUCGGCAUCACGCCGAUCUUCCUUUGCGGAUGGGCGCUGAAUCUAGCUGGGACCCUCUUCCGCGUCGCGUGCUACCACACACUGGGCCAGCAGUCCACCGUCGAGCUCAGCAUCCGCGAGAACCACAGACUCGUCACCACGGGCCCGUACGUCCUCGUGCGUCACCCAUCGUACACUGGGGCCAUUCUCUCGGGUAUGAGCGCGCUUCUCGCGCAUCUGUCGCGCGGCUCGUGGGUGAUGGAGUGCCUCAGCUUGCAUGGGCUCGGAGUGCGGAGACGCUGGAUAUGCGUCGGCGCCGCGUCCAUCGCGGCUCUAGCCCUUGUCCCCAGAAUGAACAAGGAAGACCGCAUGCUGAAGAACCAAUUUGGAAAGAAUUGGGAGAAUUGGAAAGGCGCCGUACCGCACCGAUUAUUCGCCAUCAAUUUCCACUUCUUGAUGCUGCGCAGUCAUGAAAUCGCAUUAGUCAACGAAUUUUCAGCUCUGCGCGGUGUCGAUAACGGUCUUCGCAGCUCACACACUCGGUCGACCAUGGACAUGGCUCUGGCCGACAUCGCGUUUUUGGCGAGACGGGAAGCAAGAGAUGAUACGGAGUAG